CUAAUACAUUUGCUUGUCAUGGUAAGUUCUUUCUCUCCGCCACUAGUGAUUAACAAUAACAAUUUAUAGAUUCUGGGAAUGUGAUCGGCUGCAGAUGAUUGUAGUGCCUUCGUUUGAUUGGCUUAGCCCCUCGCACGUCGUCAGCUGCUGUGAUAAAUGUACCCCCACAACGAAACGCUCCCUUAACUUAACGAGAGGCUAGAAGGUUUCAAGAAUCGAUUUCACAGAGCACCUCUUCAGUGAUCAUAGCAGGAUACAAGUGAGCUAAAGGAGAGUUUUGAGUAUUCGCUCCCUGGACUGUGAUUGGCAAGGGAAAUGACCACAGCUCAGAAUGUCGAAUUCUAAACCCGACUCAUUGAAGCCGUGGGCCGAACCAUCUGACAACAAAGAAUGGAUCACCACACAACACCUGGAUGGAGGGGCGAGCUAGGAAGUUUUGCUGUGGUGUCCCAAAACAGACGGGCAGGCAGGAAUUAAAAGCGAAAGUUUUAUGAGGCCUUCGUCCUGUAAUGGAAGCACCGAUACUGAGUGAUGAUGAUGGUGGUGGUGAUGACGAGGGUGGUGAAGAGUGGGAGUCUUCAGUAACGGAAAAGUGAAGGUGACUGAUAGUGACGAGUGGAGGUGGUGGACGCGGACAGCAGUGACGCAGUGGGGCUGGCCUUCCGGGUGAGUGGUGACGGCGUGGAUCAGCUUGGUGACGGCGACGCCUUCUUCACCAUCAACGCCAGCACCGGAGACCUCAUCCAGCUCAGAGCACUGGACCGGGACCCGCCGCACGGGAGGGGCGAGUGGCGGCUGUGGGUGGAGGUGCGGGACGGCCAAGGAAGCGGGGAGGAACAGGAACCCCCGUACUGCCCCAUCCAUUCUCCCCAUCCCACCUCCACCGCCAGGCGUCUUGGGGCCACCAGGACCCCGAAAGAGAUAUCACUCCCACCCAAGCCUGGCCCCAGUACCUCCGAAGCGGUGACGCGGCCAUAGGAGAUACGGGGCACGGGAGGCCAGCUGAGGGGGGAAGGAAAGAACGCCAGGUGUCAGCUCAUAGGGAGCAUCACAGCAUCGCGUCAGCCACAAGUGAGGGGCGGCUCUUCCCACAGCACAUGCAUAAAGGAUGGGCACAGAGAGGACUCGUUACGGAGCGAACCAGAGACAAAACUGAAGUGAGUGUGAGUGUGGGCGCGGGCCUAAUGGAGUUGGGCAUCCAGACGGCUGCUAGUGGGGAGGGCAGGACCAGCAAAAGAGAGGCUGCGGGAUGUCUUUCAGAGCAACAGGAAGUGAAGGCAAAGAGGAUAUUGAUUCCCACGCCGCAGGGAAACAACUUGAAUGAAGACAUCGCGCCGUCCAGACGCCGUGACGGGGAUGUAUCUGCCGUCACGUCCCAGUUCCUGAGGCGGCGGGGCGGCGAAGAUGCGGGCGCCAUGGGGGGUGUGCAAUAUCGGGACAGGCGAUCCUUCCCGGCCUCGUACCCUGGAGUGACGGCGGCGGCUCGCGGCUCCCCGCCAAGCCAUCCAUCACCACAGACAGCAAUCACAGCCGCCGCGGGCCGCCGGGAGCGUAGGAAACAAAACUGGAAAACUUGGAGACACAACUUGCAUUUACAUGUGAAGGACAAAUCAGAAUCCACUUCGCAAUUCCCUCUCGGCACCAAAAACAAGAGCGUGACAGGCUGGCACGACCCUCUCGCUCAGGCAGCGCGGAACGACCACCUGGGAACGCCCGCUCAUGACUUUCAGAUGAGGAACGUGAGCGCCUCCAGGAAGCUACGCCUCCCGAGAUUUCUAGGCCGCGGCGCUCACGUGGAAGUGCCGCCACCAGAUCAACCACAAGGAAAUCCUCUCCAGGGAAGUGGACGAGGAAAGCGGCAGCUACGCGAGGGUCCGGGAGAGGCUCGCUGCGCCGUGAACACUGUGCCGCUGAGUGCAGCCGCGAACGCCACGCUGAGCGUUGCGAAUGGUAUUCGGCAAGACCUUUCCCCUCUCUCCUCUCAUACUGACCGCCAUCCCGACCCGCCUGGCGCAGGACCCACCGAUCACAGGGCACCUCAUGGCUCGCUUUUCGCAGGGAGCACCAAGCGAGGGUCUCUUGAGGCGAGGAAAUCUAGCAGAUUAAAGGUUAUGGAAAAGAUUCCAUCGCGCCACGGAAGGGAGGACAAGGAUGCUUCCCCCAGUGAACACAAAGCUUCUGAGGGACAAGGAGACGCUGCAGAAGAGAGGAACAUGCCCCGCACGCUCCAUCAGACUAAUCUGGAAUCUCCCGCCACCACUAACAGAAUUCUUUCGUCUGGUGGCGUCACCAUUAGCAAGGUGACGCGCGAGUCAGGCCAGGAAGCUCUCACGCCCUCGCCGCUAAAGGGAAGCAGCUGUGAGGGAGUGCAGGUGCUUGGUGGUGUUGGUGGUGGUGGUGGUGGAGGUGGCGGGGGCGAGGGGAGCAUAGUGCACGUGGUGGAUACUGUGGUGACGGUGGUGGUGAAGGACAUCAACGAUAACGCCCCGGUCUUCCCCAACACCACCAUGCUGGGCCACGUGCAGGAAAACGGGCCCGCGGGUGAGUACUGACCUUGCAUUACUGUCUGCAGGCUUGGCACGGGAUGCUGAUCUAUAUUCCAGCAUUCCAGGAGCAUUUUUUCUAUAUUCUAGCAUUCCAGGAUUUUUUUCUCUGUAUUCAAGCAUUCCAGGGGGUGUCUUCUCUAUAUUCCAGUAUUCCAGAA